AUGGAAGCUUUAAAGUCUUCGUUCCUAAACCCAAUACAGUUAAAUCCUCACCCUUCAAAUUAUCCCGUGCAUCUUAAUUCCUCAUCCAUUAUCUCAUGCUCGGUCUCACUAGACCCAUGGUCGCUGAGCGAUGGAAACAACAAUAACAAACCCAAACCCAAAUCAAAAAACCCUAAAAACCCUCUUUCAGACGACAACGCCCGACGCAUUAUCAAAGGGAAAGCCCGUUAUUUAAGCGCAUUGAGGCGCAACCAGGGUUCAAAAGCCCUCACACCCAAAUGGAUCAAGAGGUCCCCCGAGCAGAUGAUUCAAUAUCUGGAAGACGAUAGGAACGGCCAUCUCUAUGGUCGGCAUGUGGUGGCAGCCAUUCAGCGUGUGCGCAGCCUUUCAGGUUUGCCAGAUGGCUCUUACGACAUGAGGCAAGUCAUGGCUUCUUUCGUUACUAAGCUUACUUUUAGAGAGAUGUGUACUGUGUUGAAAGAGCAAAGGAGCUGGAGACAAGUCAGAGACUUUCUUGCUUGGAUGAAAUUACAGUUAACUUACCGACCUAGUGUUAUUGUGUAUACGCUUGUGCUUCGAGCUUAUGGACAAGCUGGAAAAAUAAAGCUUGCAGAAGAAACAUUCUUGGAAAUGCUUGAAAGUGGGUGUGAGCCAGAUGAGGUCGCUUGUGGAACUAUGCUGUGUGCAUAUGCUAAAUGGGGACGCCACAAGGCCAUGUUGUCAUUCUACUCUGCUGUUCAAGAAAGGGGUAUCCUCCUCUCUGUUGCAGUUUACAAUUUCAUGCUAUCUUCUUUGCAGAAGAAAUCUUUUCACCAAAGUGUCUCACAGAUUUGGGGACAGAUGAUAGCAACUGGUGUUUCCCCCAAUCAUUUUACAUAUACAGUUGUUAUCAACUCCUUGGUGAAAAUCGGUCUCACUGAUGAAGCUUUCAGGAGUUUUAAGGAGAUGAAGGCUAUGGGAUUUGUACCUGAGGAGGCUACUUAUAGCCUUCUUAUUACAGUAACUUCUAAAAAGGAGAAGGAAAAGGAAAAGGGUAUCCAAGAUGAAGCUUUAAGACUCUAUCAAGACAUGAGACAACAGAAAUUAGUCCCUAGUAACUUCACGUGUGCUUCGCUUCUAUCCCUGUAUUACAGAAGUGGAAAUUACUCUAAAGCUCUAUCUCUCUUCUCAGAAAUGGAAAGAUAUAAAGUGGUAGCAGAUGAAGUGAUAUAUGGUUUGCUUAUUAGGAUAUAUGGUAAGCUUGGUCUUUAUGAGGAUGCCAUGAAAACAUUUGAAGAGAUUGAGAAGUUGGGUCUGUUAAGUGAGGAUAAAACAUAUAUAACAAUGGCACAAGUCCAUCUGAAUGCUGGGAAUUGUGAAAAAGCACUGGAUGUAAUGGAGAAGAUGAGAUCUAAAAAGGUGAAAUUUUCGAGGUUUGCCAAUAUUGUUUUGUUGGAAUGCUACAUUAUGAAGAAGGAUGUAGAAGCUGCUGAAGUUACAUUGCAGUCUCUUUCAGAGACAGGUUUUCCGGAUUGUUCUUCUUGCAACAGCAUGCUGACUUUGUAUAUGAAACUUGGACUUACUGAGAAGGCGAAAGACUUCAUCACCCAGAUAAGAAAAAGACAAGUAAAAUUUGAUAAGGUGCUUCUUAAAGCAGUCGUGAAGGUAUAUUGCAAAGAAAACAUGGCAAGUGAUGCUGAGGAAAUGAUACAAGAGCUUAGCAGAAACAGUUUGUUUGAAGAUGAUGAUGACAGGUUCAUUCAAACCAUUUCAAUGGCUAUAAGUGGAGAGUUUACAAGACUUGAAGAAGCUGAUUCAGAUUCCUUAGACCCAAUGGUGUUUGAGCUGCUGCUGAGUCUUUGUGAAACUGCAAGUAAGAAGGAAGAAACACUACUGAAGCUGCUGUUGAAAACUGGUAAUGGCUUGUUAGCAGCCAGUCAACUGGUUAACAAUCUCAUCAAAGAAGGAUUGAGCUGGAAAGCAGAAAGUGUAUUUGAGGUGUUACUGAAGCUGGGUUGCAAGCCAGAGAUUUGUACAUGCACAUCUAUGAUAUAUUUAUAUGGGAAGCAAAAUGAAAUGGAGAGAGCCAAACACGUGUGUGAAGUGAUGGCAGCAGAAAAACGUUUGUACAGCUGUAUGAUUGAUGUGUUUGCCAAAUCUGGAAAAGUGGAUGAGGCAUACUUGUUUUACCAACAGGCAAAUAAAAAAGGUGAUGAUAUUGGUGAUGUUGCAAUCAGCAUGCUUGUGAAUGCUUUGGCAAGUCGUGGAAUGCAUCGUGAGGCAGGGAAUGUGAUUAAUGAUUGUUUGUGUAAGAAGAUGGAGCUUGAUACAGUGGCAUACAAUACCUUCAUAAAAGCGAUGCUAGAUGCUGGUAGGUUGAAAUUUGCUAGCAGCAUCUAUGAGAGAAUGCGUGCAAAUGGUGUUGCACCAUCGAUUCAAACAUUCAACACCAUGAUUACUGUGCAUGGGCGUAGUCGUGAUCUGGAUAAAGCCAUAGAGAUGUUCAACACUGCUGGAAGAGAGGGUGUGGCUCUGGAUGAGAAAGCCUACACCAACUUGAUAUGUUACUAUGGGAAGGCUGGUAGAACUGGUGAAGCAUCUAUCCUGUUUAAACAAAUGCAGAAAGAGGGAAUAAAACCCGGGAAGGUGAGCUACAAUAUUAUGAUGAAUGUGUAUGGGAGUGGGGGUGGGGGAUUCUACAAAGAAGCGGAAGAGUUAUUUAGGGAGAUGCAAAGAGACGGGUGGUCCCCCGACUCAUACACGUAUCUUGCCCUUGUUCGAGCUUAUGCAGCUGCCCACAAGUAUAUGGAAGCAGAGGAAGCCAUUGCUACUUUCAUGGACAAACAAACAUCAUCAUCAUGUGCUCCUCAUUAUAACGUAUUACUCUGUGCGUAUGCAAAAGCAGGAUUGGUGGGGGAAGCGGAGAGGCUUUUUAAUCAGCUGCUACUGGUCACAGGAUAUGAACCUGAUGUUGGGUGUUAUGGAACCAUGUUUAGAUUGUACUUGGACUAUGGAUAUGUGGAAAAAGGCAUUUCUUUGUUUGAAACCAUUACUGCUACUGCUACUGCUACUGCUACUGCUGGUGUAAAACACGACAGGUUCAUCAUGAGUGCAGCUGUGCAUUUCUACAGGUCAGCAGGCUUGGUAGCAAAGGCUGAAGCUGUUUUCAGUUGCAUCAAUAGUUUAGGCAUCCCUUUUCUCAACAAUCUUCAAAUUGGAUCCAAGCCAGAUUCAUUGAUCGAUUUGAAUUUGUAAUUGUAAAAUGUAAAAUGCAGUUUCUUCAUGUGUUUUGUUUUACCUGUACCUGUUUUUGUGAUUGUAAAACUGUACAGCUGGUUAAUAAGCAUCAUCAAGAAGAAGAUAUAUAGAUAGAAUUAGAAAGUAGCAUGAUUUUCUUAUAUACUAAUUAUUUGUUGUUAAAAUGGUGUAUUGUAACAGGGUUGUUCAAAAGCUUUGAAUUUUGGGUUUUUGGUCUGUGUGAUGGAUUCAAAAUCAGAUUGAUCGAAUUAGGUUCCGGACUGGCUUCUUGAUUGUGUGUGUGUGUGUGUCUCCUUUCACGUAAUGUUGUUGAUUCGGUGAUUAAUAAAAAGUACAAG